AUGAAACUCGCAGAGAAAUUAAAGAAAAUGUUUUUGAAAAUUAUCGAUUGGUUUAUUUCUAAGCCAAAACGUGUUAUUCGCUUCCUUGUGUUGUUUGUAUGCUCUAUCGUGGUAGCCUUUCAAUUGUGCGAAUGUCUCAUGAAGCUUCUCAAUCCUCCAAUAUCAACUCAUUCACAUUUCGAUUUGAAUGGGACGCUUCAUUAUCCCGCUGUCACAUUUUGCAGAGAACCCGCUUUUAAGGAAGACAUCUUGAGUAAAUACAAUUUGUCAAUUCAUCCAUCUAUGACUUCAAGUUGGAAGAAUUUCCCUUUCGAAACAAGUUCAUUGUCUGAUGUGUUUGAAGAGUCAACUUACUCAAGGGAAGAAUUUUUUAAUAUUUAUGCAUUGAAUGGAAAUCGGAGUAACAUUGCUAUUGAUUCUACAAUGACUCUUACAUAUGGACGUUGCUUCACUUUAAAGCCGAGAGUUUCAACCGAUUUGCCUUGGAAGAGUUCAGGAUAUUCUAUAACAUUACGACAUGAUCAUAAAGAAGAGUUUGAAGAUGCGUCUAACACUGAACCACCAGGUUUUCAUGUUUAUCUUCAUGAUCCAAGAGAAACAUUCACAGAACAUGGAAUUCUUUCUUCGGGUCGAAUUGAAUACAUUUAUUUGUAUGCUAAUGAAGAAAUGGAAUUGAAAUUGACAGUUCAACAGUUCACUAAAAACCGAGCAAGAGGAAUUAAAUGUUCUGACAAUCAUAUGAAAAGCACUUCGAUCUGUCACGAAAUGUGUAGAUGGAAAUCGGUAGAAGAAGUUGUAAAAUGCGUUGGCCCGUGGAUAAAACACUCAUCAGCACCUCAAUGUAAUAAUUAUCACGAUGUUCGUGAUCUGAUUGUUCAAUAUAAAUAUCUAUCCACUAUUAAUGAGAGUGUUUGUGGAUGCUUGGAACCUUGUCUGUCUGUAUUAUAUUCAUCCUUUGUGAUGUAUCGAAAACGAUUCUCUGAAAAUGGUUAUGAUCCCGGAUCUCAAAUUUACAUUUACUACACUUCAAAAAUGAUAACAAACAUUGAAGAACGAGCUGGUUACGACUUCUCUCAAUUCAUAGCAGACAUGGGCGGAUCAUUGGGAUUUUUACUUGGACUGUCGGUGAUAGGAUUGAUUGUUGCACUUGAAAAGAUUUUGGGAUAUUUAUUUCUGGACAAGUUAAUUAAAAACAACGAAGAAAAGGCGAAUGAAAACGUGGAAAAUGCUGAAAAAGCUGAAAAACAUCGCAAUGAACCAAGUCAAGUAUUUUAA